AGACUUAGCGGGUGCAAAACGAGACAUCUGUAUACUUGUCUGUCUAUCUAUUUAGAAGUUUUUUGAUAUUCUACAAAUUUUUUGGUUAGAAGUCUGUUAUUCAUGGAUUUCAAGUGGUUUUAUCAAAGGUAUUUUGGAACACCAGGAUUCCCAACAAUGAAUCCAGGCGAUAAUGAUUAUGAUUCAAAGGGGCAUACUGAAAAUAACAAAACAGAUGUAUUUGAACACUCAUUUCAUUAUCCAUUUGAAGAUUUUAUUGGAGAUGCUCAUGAUAUUUUUCAGCAUGUGGAAGACAUGUUUAAUAAAAUGUUUUCAGCGUCAUUUAGACCUUCUGAAUUUUCUCAGUUUGAGGGAAAUAUGCUUAAGGAGACUGAUCCACGUAGUAUUAUGCUAAAGGAUCCAGAUUGCUCCGAUUGUCAUCCAAAUGCUGAUCUCUCUCCUUGUAAACGUAAUGAACCAGCAACUCUUGUAGAUUCUGAUAUUGAUGAUAAAGUGACAGAGCAAGGAAUAUUUCAAAUGAACCCUUUAGGUGAAAGAAGAGGAUCUCAUAAUUUCUUCUUCAAAAAGUUUUCUUCAGUCAAAACUGUGCACCUUCUAGAUGGGGUUGUGGAAGAACAUCGCACUACUACAGAUAGCAAAGGAAAUAAAAUUACAACUAUUCGUCAAUCUAUUGGAGACCAAAGUUAUGAAGUAACAACUCAGUUUAAUGAAAGUGGCUUGAAAGAAAAAGAAGAAAAAGAAGAAAAUUUUGAAAAUAUGGAUGAAAGUGAUCUUCCUGAGUUUAAAAGAAAACUGGAAGGUAUUAAAGGCAGUAAAAUGUUAGAAUCUCCUUUGCAUUCUCUAUCAAGUUCUAAUAUAUUAAAAUUGCCUACAUCAAGUGCAGAUCCAUUGUAUUUGUCUCUGUUUAAAAAGUUUUUCGGUUCUCCGGAUAAAAGUGAUAACUAAAGCACAUUGUUUCUUGUAGUUUAAAUGAACUGUUUUUAGUUUAAAUAAACUGUUUUUGUACUCUAAUUUUGUUAUAUAAUUAUGCAUGUGUAGUAAAAACUUUGUUGAUAUAUUGAGAUUUUUUAGGUUUUCAAAUAAAAAGUUUGAAUUGUCCUUUAAA